AUAUUACGUAUGAACGUAAAUAAACAUAAUAAAAGUGCAUAUUUUGAAAUUUGUUGAUUAUAUAUAUAUAUACAUAUAUAUAUAAAGGUGGACCAAUCAAAAUGUUGGUACUUCAGAAUAUGCGAGGUUAACAUUUAACAAAUGCAUCCAUUCAAUAUGGCGUAUAUGCACUAUAGACUGUACUCUUCGCCUUCGUUUUCAAUAAUCAAGACAUGUCCCGUCCAAUGUCCGUAAGUAUUAAGAAUACGGCAUAAAGAUAAAUUAAGUUUUCGGACAGGUAGUGAUCGCCGUCAAUACAUGCUAUUCUGCCAAAAAUUCACGCAAUUUCUUCAUCUUAUAUUUAUAUCGAUGAUUUAAUUGGGGCAAUCAUUGAAUUAAUAUAAUUAGCAUGUUAUAUAAAAAAAAUUGGGUAAAAUGGUACAAGUCGAUAUGAAAGUCACAAUGUAACAGCUGUUUCAAGUAUGACAGAUCGUAUAUUGGGUGUUGCCAAGUCGAAUGGAUGUACAAAUCAAAGCAUUGUUACGAAUUAUGAUAUCGAUGCUAUGACUACGGAGGAAAACUAAACGAUUAAAGAGAAUGCAUAAACAGAAAUUAACGAGUGCCACAUUCAAUGAUUUAUCGUGUGAAUGGGUUGUCGAGAAGAUUAUCUACGUGUUGAUAAGGUUAGGACAAACCUAUCAGCCAUGAAGACUCCUGUAUCUCAACAUUUAAAUGGGAGUAAUGGUCAGAGUGUUGCGUCUGAAAAGACAGCAUCAUAUUUGAUAUCACGUUAUAACAAUCCAUCCAAUAAUUAUCAUGUUUUAAAAGUGGCUGGACGUGAUUCCAAUUGUUACAUUGCCAAUAACAUUGCUCCAAAAAUAGGCAAACAGCAGUUAGUAUCAUUGAAUGGUGAUUCUGUAAGUUGUAACAGUGUGAAUGUAAACGAGGCUUUGGCAUGUGAUGUAGUUACUAUGCCAGCGGUAAAGACAAAAGCUUUAUGCGUACACAUUCGUGAAAAUAAAUGGUACGAUGCUGGCAAUGUAGUUUCUGUAGGGGUAGCAGGAACUAGUCUAAGUCAUGCCUUGGAGAGUAUGUCUUUGGCUUAUAAUCCUACUACAAAACAGAUAUAUUCUAUGGAAGAAAACGAUAUGCAUUACGACUGUAAAUCACAGUAUCUAGAAUCUCCAUGUAAUGGUAAAGAAUUGUCAGCUAGUAUAGUGUCAAAAAUUGAUGGAGAUAAAUAUAUGAAACUUGAAAGUGGCAGUGCAAAUAGUAGUCCUAGAAACAGUUUACCUCGUUCAUGUAGCAGUACAGUGUCUUCCCUUAGCGAAGUAUCACCUUCAGGAAGUUUCUUAGGAUCAGAUGAACAACAUAUUGUCGUAGAUAAACAAGAAAAAUCAAAGCGCUGGGGAUUAAAUACAUUGUUUGCAAAAAAUGUCUUUUCUUGGAAGAAUAAAGGUUCUCAACAAUCAACUCCUACAGGUAGCCCAUCGAGAAAUAUUGACAAAGUAGGAGGAAGUUUAGCUCUGAUACAACAGCCCAGACCAGCGAACUUACCUGCAAAGAAUGCUUUGGAGGAGGAACGUCAUCGUAAGCAAUACACUGCAAUUUUAGAAGCUGCGCGUAAAAGGGAGUUACGCGAAGAAAAAGAACGUAAACAACAAAGGGAACAGCAACUUAAGGAAGAAGAAAGAUUAGCUGAAGAUUCCCAUACAUGGAACGUUCAUGUGCUACCCAAGUUUGAAAGCGUUAAAGAUACAAAGAAAGUACGCGAACUAUGGUGGCGCGGUUUGCCACCAAGUGUGCGAGGCAGAGUGUGGAAAUUAGCUAUUCAGAAUAGUUUAAAUAUAACGCCACAUUUGUAUAAUCUUUGCUUGGACAGAGCAAUGUCUAAUCCCACAAAUGAAUCGUUAGCGGCGAUCAAAUUAGAUGUAUCUCGUACCUUUCCUACCUUAUGUGUCUUUCAAGAAGGUGGACCACUAUCAGAUAGCCUUCAAGGUAUUUUGGCAGCCUACGCCGUUUAUAGACCAGAUGUUGGCUAUGUGCAAGGAAUGAGUUUUGUGGGUGCUGUAUUAUCAUUAAAUAUGGAGCCCUCAGAUGCCUUUGCCUGCUUCGCUAAUCUCUUAAACCAUCCUUGUCACAGAGCCGCCUUUACCUUGGACCAAAAACGAAUGAAUGUGUAUUACAAGGUAUAUUCAAGCGCGCUUGCACAUAAGCUGCCAAAAAUAUUUUCUCAUUUCACAGUAGCUGGUCUUAGUCCAGACCUGUACCUGUUAGAUUGGUUGUAUACUAUAUAUGCCAAAGCAAUGCCUCUUGAUGUUGCAUGCAGGAUCUGGGAUGUAUUCCUCAGAGACGGCGAAGAGUUCCUUUUUAGAACGGCGCUCGGCGUAUUACAUUUGUAUCAAGAAGAAUUGUUGAAAAUGGACUUUGUACAUGGAGCGCAAUUCCUUACCAGAUUGCCUGAAAACCUGCAGGCAGAAGCUUUGUUUAACAGUAUUAGCCAAAUGUCUACUACUGUUGGAACUACAACAUUCCAGCAAAUGUUGAUACAGUUUUCUUCAGUGUGAUUUCCUAGCUCUGUUUAAGAGCUAUUUCAUUUAGUUCAUAAUUGUACAUUGCACAGAAAAUUUCUUCUUUUCUAGUGAAUCUGAUGAAGAAUAGUGUGUGAAAAUUUUAAAUAUAUGAUGUAUUUAAAUUUCGAUGAUGUCAAAAGGACAGAACGCACUCGCUAACCUGAUAGAAGGACCAACAGGUACAUACACCAUACCUACAUACUACAACGUCAUACGUCGUGGGGCGCAGAUAGAAGGCGAGUGGAGAAAUGAAAAGGAUAAAGGAAAACCGACAAAGGGAACGCAAGUGGAUACUCUUUGCCGGACGAGACAUCACUCAACUAAUCUUCCUAACUUUGACUUCUAUCCUUAAUUGGAGAGGAUCCAGAAACGAGAAGGUCUCGGAAAAGAGAAGGUAUGUACUAGGUUGUAGGUGAGCUGAGGGAAAUCCUCCGUUGGACGAGUAAAUAGGGUUUUUACUUCUACCAGUUUAUUUCCACGCCAUGUCACGCCACGCCACACAGCACGUCACGCUAUGCUUUCAUUUAGAUUCGACGUAGGUAUGAAACAUACGUAAAGGAGAAUUUCCCUUGAAUCUACGCUAGAGGUAAUUUCUCCUUUUCCUUCGAUCUACCACGAGAAAUACGUUCUCUGGACGUGUAACGAAUGGAUAUCCGAACGUACGUUCCUUUACUUCGAUCAUCCUUUGGCUAUGCUUUAAGAGAGAUACAGAUGGAUAGAGGGAGUACUUUCCAAAUUGUACAAAAUAGAGAAUCGUAAGGAUUCAAGGAGCUAAUGAAUAAGACUCAAAGUCUUUUGAGAACGUAAUCCUAACAAGUAUAAUAAAAGAUAUAUCGAAUGUUUUGACAAUAUCCGUUGCAAGAGCUUUAGAUCCGUAUGUAAUUAUCAGAACGACUCGUCCGAGGGGUGCACCAUGUUUGAGGAUCGAGUCCGAUUUCUGACAGGCGCAACGUGCCUUUUAAGGUUUAAUCUCUUCGUGGCGAUGUGUGGUUACGCUACGGUCCUCCCCCUUUUCUCUUCUUCGUACUCUCUCGCGGAACGUUGUUAACUUGGAGUCACGGGGUUACGCACCCUAGGAAUAGAGUCAAUAAAUUAGGGGAGUUAAUCCUAUCCAAGGUUGAAGUAUGAUUUAACGCGAGCCAGUUACCGUUCGCGAGCACGAAAGCCUCCUGAUUUUCAAGUUAUGAGAAUUACAGCUUUGCCGGGACCUGUAGAUUCCACCCUUCUUGAGCGAGGGGCUCAUUCUGCCUCAUCGACGACUAAAUACUUCCGGCAUUAAUGUCGACGGCCGUAGGAUUAAACCGAGUCGAAUUGCUGGAUUUCGAGCUGCUCGAGAUCUUCGAAGAAAUCUCUAUGUAAAUUAAGUGCAACCCUUUUGGACCAAUUUGAGUCCAACUAAUUUUUGUUAUCUUCUCCGAGUUUC